GUUGACUCGGGUUAUCCAUACAACAAAUUAAUACACCAAAUGAGCACCACACUCUCUUGAGCUUUUCCUUGUCUUUCCAGUCGACGGACCCCUGUGCAUAUCACCGACGGCUUUUCCCUUGUUUGCGGUUUUCCUGGCGCGGCCUGCUGCAACCUGCAGCCUGUUUACUUGACGACGAUAUCUCUUCUAUCUGCUUUUUACCCCAUCCCGGAUCGGACGUCUAUCAUAGCCAUUUAUUACUAUCUUCUUCGAAGCUCUGCCGACACCUCAAAAGUGCAAUACAUUCAUCGCUUCGUGGGUUGACUGCCGUCGACCCUUGUUUGAUUACGACUUCGAACCUCAUAUAUCGGCGUAUCCACCUCUUCUCGCUUAUCGGCCUUCACCUUCGACUCAGCUCUCUGCCACCGGGUGUACCUUCGGAUUCCCUUUGGCCAGCUGUCUAUUACCCGUCCACCAGCCACCCUUAUGGAGUGCAUGCGAAAUCAGCUUCACGAAGGUGCUGUGCUCAAUGGACGAUAUGAAACCAUCUCUCCACUCAACCAUGGCUCCUUUGGAAUGGUCUUCCAGGCCAAGGACCUUGUAACUGGCGAACACGUUGCUAUCAAAGUCAUCACCAAAACUGGCGCCACUCUUUCCUGGCCCUCCGCCUUUGCUGUCGACGAGCGCUCUGAGGAACUCGGCAUCCAUCUCCGUAUCGGCUCCUCGCACCCGAACGUUGUCAACCUGAUUCAGUCCUUCGAGACCCAGAACCACGUCUACCUGGUCCUCGAGUUCUGCACGAAUGGCGACCUCUACGAAGCCAUCCGCCUCGGUAAGGGUCCGGGAGAGACCGAGCACGUGCGCGACUUCAUGCUUCAACUGGUCGGUGCGGUCGAGUUCAUUCACUCCAAGGGCAUCUACCACCGCGACAUCAAGCCAGAGAACAUCUUCCUUACCCAAGAUGGUGCGAUGAAGCUUGGUGACUUUGGCCUCGCCACCACAGAUUCUUGGUCCUGGGAGAUUGCUGUAGGCAGCGACCGCUACAUGGCUCCCGAGCAAUACGAUCCCACCAGCGCCGGUUACUCCACGGCCAAAGCAGACAUCUGGGCAAUUGGCAUCUGCCUGUUGAACGUACUGUUCUCUCGCAAUCCGUUUGCCGUUCCAUCAACCUCGGAUCCUCUCUAUGCUGACUUCGCUCUCGACCGUCAAACCCUCUUCGAUGUCUUCCCUAACCUGUCUCAGGACACCUUCGAAGUCCUCAGGCACUGUUUGGCCAUCGAUCCCGAGAAGCGUGAUCUGUCGCUCGUCAAGGAGGCUCUCGCUCGUGUCAUCAGCUUCACCACCGAUGAUGAAAGCCUCGACGAGUUCUGCACAGAGGAGCGUGACACAGUCGUUGCUAGCGCCAACCGUGAGCCUCUGCGCACACCCUCCAUUUCCACGCCUCAGCUGGACAAGGGUGGCUCGUUCCCUUGGGCUAAGGCUCUGGCUAUGUCCCCACCUCAACCAAUCCGCCAGCUCUCGGCUAUCCCGGAUACUGAGAUCUAUUCAGAGGACCUCUUCCCUGGCUCCGAACGUUCCGACCGCGCAUGGUACGAUGUCAAGCCAGACAAUGCCUCUACGGUUUCGUUCGUUGACUCUGGGCUGGGCCUGUCGUUCAAGUCAAGCGACGCCAGCGGACCGGAACCGAUCAAGAUUGCCCGGUCAAGGCCGGUUCCCAUUUCGGGCUCGCUUCCGGCCAAUGCUGCCAGGCCAUUCAAUAGCAUGGCAGCUGUGUUUGGCAAGAAACGCGAUGUCAUCUCCAAGAGCUGGAGUGAUCUAUGGGACGAGGAAGAGGAAGAGCAUGCCAUUGCUGAGAUUGAGAACAACUAUCUCCCCUUCGACAGCUUCAAGAAGCAGAUGCCAGCUGUCCAAUCCGAGAGCGGAUCCGGUGUUUCUACUCCUCGCGGUGGGCUUUCUGAGUUGAAGAACCCUGCUAUCGUGAACAACAGCAGGAGCCGAUCUCCAAAGCAGAACCGCCGCGGACCCGACCAUGUGAGCGAACACACUGGAUUUGUCUUCGAGGAACACGUUGCCGCGGCCGGCCGCUACUCCCCUCCCUCCAAGCGCAGCAUUAUGGACAAGUGGGCUGCACUUGGUGACCGCAGGCGCGGCCAGCAGCAACAGAAGCAGCAGCCUCAACACACAACAUCCAAGACCGUUAAAGCACCCAAGCAAUCGCCAGGCACUCCGAACUCCGCCCGGAAGCGAAGCCGAACCGGAAGCUGGCGACGUCCGAUCCACUGGGGCCCAAGUCACCAUGAGAAUGGGGUUUUGGAGCAACCGCAACCACAACAUCAAAAGAAGGAUUAUCAAUGGAGUUUGAGCAAGGAUUGGCGGCAGCACCCGGUGCCGUCUCAGGACGACAUCGGAGACCUAGAGUGGGUUGGGGGUUGGAACGAUUCCACCUUCCACUUGUAGUCUUGACACUUUUCAUCCCUUUUACUUUCUUUACCUUGGAACGCAGAAAAAUGAUUUUAACCUUCAGAGCAAAACGAACCCUAGGAUGAGCGUCCCUUUUCCCCGUCAAUUUGUAGCGCUAGAGAUACCAUUUCCUUACCUUACCUUCUCCUCUCCUCUCUCCUCUCUCGAUACCCCACCUCAGCAUAUACCAUCUUCUCCUGUACUCUACCUUUGGUAUCUCCUUUGUUACUUGCCUCUUGGGUUGCAUAUUGGGAAACUCGGACGCAUGGGGUUGGGACAAACUAGCAUUAUGCGAAACUGUACGGAAGAUGGGUUUCCUUUUUUUUA